AUGUCUGACGAAUCCAGCGCGUUCCCUUCAGUACCAGUAAAUAUUGAGGACUAUACAAUCAGUCCCAACCUGAAUUUCAGGGAUUUAUACGGUGGUAUAUGGUUGUACGCUCUACGUGUACGGUCUCAUAGGAUUGUCUUGACAGCCAUAUCCGCAUUUUACGGGUUGACAGUUCUUAAUUUCAUCGCUCAAUGCUUUUCUAUGAAGUGGAACUUUGUUAUCAAUGGAGAUACCAGGGAUUCGAUAUUUUGGUCGUCAUUUGAUUAUCCGUCGUGGGAUUAUGAAGUAGUAGGCAUAGUCAUGCCGUUGAUCUUCGUCAUAUCGGAUGGACUUUUGAUUUGGAGAUGUUAUCACCUUUGGGGAGAAUCGAUUAAAGUUACUGGAAUUCCGGUGUUUCUAUGGAUUACAGAGAUUGCUCUGGUUAUAACCGACAUUGUGCUUCGUACAACUAUAUCUCAAUCCCCAAGCCUUGCAAGGGCAGAGCUAAACAAUCACAUUUCCACAUCCCUGUUGUUUAUGGGUUUAGCUACGACAUGCUGCACAACGUUUCUUAUUGGAUAUAGGAUAUACACCGCAUCCGAGAACAUCAGUCGGGACAGGAAACGAUACAUACGAAUUCUCAUUACGAUCGUUGAAUCCUCAGCAGUGUAUUCGUUUUUACUCUUCUUAGAAGCUAUGGUUACAAUCAUCCCUGGUUUCAGAGACGUGCAGUCGACAUUGUACCAAGCAUUUCCGUACAUCGAUUGUACGCUGGCAGUGUGUGCGGGACUUGGUCCUACAGUCAUGGUGUUACGACUCACAGUCGCCAAUCAACUUGAAAUCAGUACCGUUUCGUCUGGCAACAAUAUGACGCAUAUCACUGGAUUGAAUUUUGAUAAUUCGCAAAACGGAGGUGCUGUUGGGAACAAUGGGCUUAUUUCUAGGGCGGUCAAUGAUUCUUCUGUUGGGGAAGAGCUCAACGGGGGAGGCGAAGCUCCCAUCGGUGGCCAAAAUAUAAUAACAUCGCCCAAGAACAGCGUUAUACGACAAGGCCUCAUAUAG